UCGUCGCAGCGAGUUCGCGAGUUCGAACAGCGGCGCACAGGUAGGAAAAAAGUGGAGAGCAGCAAACGGCUUCGGCUACGGUUUCGGCUCCUUUUCGUGGAAGGGCGCGCGCGUGGAGCUGCCCGAGUAACGGAUCCCGGAACGGGGGAUCCUACGCGGCGAACAACUGGCUUUAAGGCGGCAAACCAGAUUGCGCAAUUAACCGAGUGAAUCGCCAAAUAGGCAACGGCUUUUGUGUCUGAGGCGCUGAGUGAAAUUCGAUAGGAGAGGCAAAGCCAAACGACAAAAACGACGCGACGAUCAACGGCACUGCAAAGCUGUUUUUAAAACAAAAAACUGAACUAAAAAGAAAUAUACGACAACAGCAACAAAAACAAAACCGACAGACAGAUAACCAACAUGGCGACCGCCGCCUGCGUUCGCUGCGCCCAGCAACAACAACAACAACAGCAGCAAAAGCAACAAACACAGCAAAAACAGGCGCAGGCGCAGCAGCAGCAGCAGCAGCAGCGACGCAACAGCGGCAGCCAUCGGAUUCUGCAAAUUUACGGAGCGUGGGCGCUGAUCACGCUCCUGGCCGCCAGCGUUGCCAUCGUCCAAAGUGCAGCAGUCUCCUCCUUCGGUGAUCGCCAUUCGCACCCAACUUUCAAGCCUCUGUGCAGUGUCCAGCAUGAGCACUUCAUCGAGAGCGAUGGCAAGGAGUCCAGUCUUAUUAUUGAGCUCAAGCCAGGCUCCUAUGGUGAGGAGCAUCCUUCCUGUGCCCGCAUCCUGAGUGCUCCGCCCAGCUAUGGCUUCAUAGUGCGCCUCAUCCUGCCCAAGCUGAGGCACAGUCAACCUCAACCGGAUCCGGAAACUACGAGUCCGGCCACAAAUAUAAUGGCGGCUGCCACCAACUCAUCUAAGCUAAGGAGGACGGCCAAAUCGGAAGCUGCCAUGGUCAUGGGACAGACCAACUUAACGACAACUUCCCGGGUGGUUGGACGCAGUUGUCCGCUGAAUAUUUUCAGCUCGUUGGACCCGCACACGGCCCAGUGGCGUGUGGAUCCCUGCCAGCUGGAGGACACUGCCUCGGAGAUGGAGGACCCUGUGAGGCUCUUCCAUGGUCGUGUAAGGAUCGUGUGGGAACAUGGCAUGAAUACGCUGCGCUCCAAGCUAAUGGUCACUGUGUUGGGCAAGGGAGAGCAGUGCAAGGAUGGCAGCAAGCAUCAGUGCCUGAGGAUAGGGGAUGAACCCAUUCUGUGCAUCUCCAAGGAGCUGGCCUGCGACGGCAUUCGCCAUUGUCCUUAUAGCAACGAAUAUGACAGCGACGAGGAUUACGAGCUGUGCUCGAAGAAGCGUCGCCCGGGUGCGGGUCACUUGCCCGCCGGCCUGGAGUCGGAUCUCUUUGAGCAAUUUGCCCUGGAAGUGUUUCGCAAUCUCUUUGCCAAUGACGCACCCACGGGGCCAGCGGUGGUAGUCCCAGGAAAUGGCAGCAGCAGCGAGGGAGUUGGAGGAGAUAACUCUACCAGUUCAACGACCACCACACUCCGCAAGGUGCACACCAAAGACAUGAAGAAGCCCGGCGAUGGUUCACCCAAUUCCAUAGAUCCCAGGAUACACACGAAUGUUGUCGAACCCAAGGUGGACAAUGACACCAUUGAGAUGGGUGUGGGCACAGGAGCUGGAAGUGGUUUCACUCGACGCAAUUCAACGCGAUCGGGUCUGCACUCGGAUCUGUCCAAGUAUGGACCUUGGGGUUACCUGAUGCUUGGGAUGCUCCUGUGCGGCGGAGCUCUGCUCAUUUGCGGCCUCUGGGCCUCCGCAUCUCAGCAUGCGGUCAACAACGAGCGGGAGGCGGCGCUGGCCGCUGCCAAUGGUGGCGGAGGCGGUAGCGGUGGCCAGGACCACCUGGGUGCCACCUCGCCGCCCAACUACGAGGAGCUGGAUCCACCGCCAGCCUACUCGGUGCUCUUUCCCAAUCAGAAGGCGGCCAGCAGUAAUACGCUGAAUCUGGAUGCAACGGCAGCCAGUACAACAACAGCGGCGGCAGCAGCAGCAGCGGCAGCAGCAGCAGCAGCACUAGCCGGAGCAGUGCCAGGUGAUGCAACAUCACAUCCUACUCCCCAGCAGCAGCAGCAGCAGGAACAGACAACGAACUAGCCACUAAGCCUGACAAGACACCUGUCGCACACACCUGGAAGAACGUAGCUUUUAAGGUCCCAACAUCUCUUCGACUGACUCUGAUGCAAUUAGCUUAAACCAAUUUAGUGAUAGACCUAAGUGUGACUCUAUGUUAAAUGAUUGACUAUAUCUGUAUGCUAACUAAUAACGAAUAACAUUAAAACGGAAUAAUGUAACAAAAUAA